GCCGCGUCCCGCACUACGACCGGCCGCCAUGCCGCGCUGACUCGCUACUCUACGCUAGUGUCAGACACUCGGUGACAGCUGUCAAGUGAAACAAUACAAUAUGUGGCUCCCCUGGUUCUAUCUCCUAGCCAGCCUGCUAGCUGCGCAUGCUCAAAAUGUGGAGAACAUUGAAUUCCUGCCCGUCGUUAACGCGACCUGCAAGACCGGAGUCAUGUCUAUCAGGGUCACCUUCAAUCAGCCGUUCAACGGCAUCAUUCACGCCAGAGAGUACAGAACCCCAUCUUGUAUGGCCCAGGGUAACGGCACGGAAACGGUGACUUUUGACAUCAACCUGGUGGCGACGCAGGGCUCGCCGGAUUAUUGCGGCGUCUUUUGGAAUAAUCGAACUGACGAACGCUCCCUGCCACUGGCGGUCCGAGUUCACCGGACGCUGGAGCUGGCUGACGACAAGUUUUAUGUGAUCACGUGCGGCAAGGCAGGAUUCAGAAACUCUAGAAACGAAACAUCCCUAGUGUCUCUACGAAUGUUAAACCAGCAAGGCCAGAAGGUUUUAAAUGCAGCCUUUGGUCUGCCAUACACACUACGAGCGGAACUGAGCAAGUCAGAUGGCACGCACGGCAUUCGACUCAAGAACUGUUUUGCGUUCAACAUGAAAAACAAUACAGUAGAUCUUUUAGAUAGUAAAGGAUGCCCGCUGAAGCACGAGACAGUGGUCACGAAGUCUGAGAGCGGCGCCGCCGAGCUGACGAUAGCCUCCAUGUUCCGGUUUCCCGACUCCUCGCAAGUCAACUUCCAGUGCGAUAUUGGCGUUUGCAGAGGAAGCACAUGUGCUGCCAUAGACUGCACAUCGGCGGACCGCAGCGAGGCCAGCGACGAAGAGGGCACGGUCACCGCUUCCACUGGAGUUUUUGUGCUGGACCCCAACGAUAAUGCUGUGGUGACGUGCGCGGAGAGCGGCGUGCGGCCGCUGUGGCUGCUGUACCUGGCCAUCGCGCUGGGCGUCAUGUUCCUGGUGAUGCUGCUCGUCAACUGUUUCCUGUGCACCGCCAUGACUUGCUCGUGCGCCAGGACUGAUGUGAUCGAGAAGGACCCGUCCGUGGUGGAGGACUACGACCCGUACCGCAGCUGGCACGGCAGCCAGUACGGCGGCAGGUAUCCGUCAUCAACUAUACACUCGGCGAGAUCGGUUUCAGACAACAGUGACCACUACGCAAUAGUCCAGUCCAGACCCGGCAGCCGACAUUCUGGGAUGCAUCGAAACAGACACUAAUACUUAGUCACAGAAUUACCUUAUGCGAAACUUUGGAGAACUACAUACUAACGCCAAGAUGAAAGUUUGUACACGGUUCCAAACACGUUCAAAUAAUAUUAUAGUAUUUGGAAUAUUAGAAGACUAAAAGGAGCUAAGUACCUACUGGUUAAUGUGACGGCACGAACGAUGGCUUCCGUAAUAACAUUUUCAUAUUGCAUUCCAUUUUUCAAUUGGGCAUUUCUAUUGUAUUGUCUUUUAUUAUUCCAAUUACUAUGGUUCGAUCCUAAAAAACCUAGUUUCAAUAUUCAAGGAUUUCAAGAAUAUAGUUCAUCUUUAAAAUGCAAUCUCUUAAAUAUUUUGUGAAUGUGAUUUCGACAUCACAAAAGCAAUCAAAUGGUGCUUCUUAACAAUAGAACAAUAGUUUUAGAUAAUUUUACUUAUGUUACCCAAUACAGUAGCUGGACGUCUCGAAAAUAUGAAUUUAACUUGUGCCAUUUAUGUAAUUCAAUGUACCUACCCUAGUGGCCUUUACGCCUAUUAUUUAUUAAGUAAUAUAUUCGAUAUGGGAACAAUUUUUACCUGAUGAACGCAACGAAUCCGUCCAAUAAAAAAUCAUUAAUGUUAGAGUUAGCGUAAGUACAUGUCGAUACGUAGUUAGGUAGUAUUUGAAUUGAAUUCAAUGCAGACGACUUUAUACUAAUAAAACUUAUAGAAUUAAAUUUGACUAAGUGAAGAUAGUAUGAACGUCAUGUAAACAAGUAUUAUUGCAGCUUAACAUUUAUCGCAUUCAAUAACAGUAGUUACUAGAUUUUAAUUACUUUUUUCUAUAUUUGCAUGUUUGACCAAUGUAUCGUUACUCAAAUAUUAUUUUUAUGAAGCUAUAUAAUCAUGGAAGUGUUAAUAACGACUUCAUAACGAUAAUAACUAAAAUUUAUAAAAGUUUAGCAUACAUUUAUCUAAAACUUUAUUUCGUUACACAGUCAUAGCAUGUUCGAAGUUUAGCUAACUGACGUCCGCCGUCCAAUUCAUGGACAAAUCCAUACUAUUAUAUUAUAAAGAGAAAUUAUUUUUGUUUGUAACAGAUAUACUCAACAAUUUCUAAACCGAUUUUGAGAAAAUUUUACAGAGACAGAAUAGACCUUCGGGACAACAUAGGCAAUUCAAACGGGAGCAAAUCUCCACGCAAAAACUAGCUCUAAACAAGUUCUUAUUAUUUUAUUUGCAGAACUCGAAAGAAAUUUUAAAUUAAACCGUAGAAAAUGUAUUUAAAUAAAGUGCAUGGAAGUUUCUUAUUAAGAGAAUUAGAACUCUGAUUCAUCUUCUUCUUCUUCUUUAUUUUUAUCGAGAGCAUUUUAAGACCGACAUACUGAUAACGCACAAAAAAAGAAAGAAGACAUACGGAAUUGGAAACCACCGCAACAAAAAUCUUUAAGGCGGACAAAAGCUAUACCUAAGCCUAAACUCAUAGUCGUACACGCUAUCUCUGAAGCAAAAAUUAUAUCAAUUGUAAAUAAAUACCUAUUAAAGUAAUUAUGUAAUAAAGGUGAAUUAUAUUUUUAUAGAUGUUAUCUAAACCACACAAAUCUUCUUUUGGUUUGGUAUUAUAUGUAAAUUAUAGGUAAGAUAAGAAAUAUGCCGGACCUUAGAAAGGUGGAACUUUUUGUAAUAGUUCAAUUAAAUUUUACCGGCUAUCUAUUAUAGACCACAUCACAUCUGUGUUAAUAUUAUUUCUUAGUAAAACUGAUGUAAGUAAAUCAUUAGGAUGAUCAUUAAGAUGAUCAAUGUUUUUUGAAUAACUUUAUUUUACUGUUUAUGUGAAAACAAACAAAUUUAAGUAACAGCCCCAAUAACUUAGUGUUUCCUUUUUACAAUAUACUGUAAAUAUAAUUUAGUAAUUUUUCUUUAGUAUUAGAAAAUUUCUUUAUAAGUGUUACGGCAACUGGUAUGUAUUUAGACUAUUUCGGAGGCGCAAUACUUUACAUACAACAAUAUCAUAAUGUCGUAUGAGCUGCAUUGAAAUUGUGGAAUUCAAUAAACAUUUUAACACAAAUUGUUUUAAUUUUUCAAUGUGUUAUUUCAGACAGUUGUUUUUAAACUUCUGCAGUAAAAAACUUAUUUACUCUUUAACGCCUGAAUACUUUGAUUGACU